CUGAACAAAUAAUGUAUUUAGCUACAAUAUUUCUUGUAUUGGUUAGUAUGAUUCGCAUUCCAGGAGAGGACUUUUCUGAAGAUAGCAAAACAGCUGCUCAUAUAGAGAGGCUUCACCAAAAAGACAUAUUACCUAAAAGCCGUUAUCAGAUGUCGUCAUCUCCCGAUCUUUGCAAAGAUUUAACUAAAACCAAUUGCUUCUCAAAGAGUGGCUUCCUUAAUAAUUCCAUAUCGUUUGCAACACAUAUCAUCAAGUCUAGCUCACCUGCUUCAAGUUUGGGGGAAUCACCAUUUGUUCCUGAGUUUAACAAUCAAAUACAAAUACCUACAAGUCAACAUAUACAUACGAUUGCUCCCAGUGAAAACAACUUUUACAAUUUUCCUGAUUUUAUUUCUGAUCAAGAAAAGACAAUUUUGUCAGAUGCUGAAAGGAUUCUUCGAUCGAAAGAAAAUGACAUAUAUAAUAACGAGUAUAAUCAUUUAAACGACGUUUUUGCUAUUCGAAAGUAUUACCAUCCUCUCUUUGCACAUGGUAUUUGUCGCUGGCCCGGUUGUGAAAUGGAUUUGGAAGAUAUUGGCUCUUUUGUUAAGCAUCUUAAUACGGAACAUGGAUUGGAUGAUCGCUCGACAGCCCAAGCUCGUGUUCAAAUGCAAGUAGUAUCUCAAUUGGAGUCUCAUCUCCAAAAGGAAAGAGAUCGAUUACAGGCUAUGAUGCAUCAUCUGUACCUAUCCAAGCAAUUAUUGUCGCCUUCGAAAACAGAUCGCAAAGAUAUUAUUGGAAGUGAUUUAAACUAUUGCGCUGGCACCUCCCCGCUCGUAUUAAAUAAUGUUGCUCGGUCUUUCCAUCGAUCUCUCUCCCCGAGCUCAGUUAAUCUUCCGAUUGUAAAUUCCACUGGCUUAUCGGCAUUAAAGAAAAGGAAUCACGAUAAAAAUACUUUUUCAGUAACAGGCGGGUUACCUUAUAUGUUGGAGAGAGCAGGGCUUGAUGUGCAACAUGAAAUCCAACGUAAUAGGGAAUUCUAUAAAAACGCCGAUGUUCGACCACCCUUUACAUAUGCUUCUCUUAUCAGACAAGCAAUCAUUGAUUCUCCCGACAAGCAGUUGACUUUGAAUGAAAUUUACAAUUGGUUCCAGAACACAUUUUGUUAUUUUCGGCGAAAUGCAGCAACUUGGAAGAACGCAGUACGCCAUAACUUGUCCUUACAUAAGUGCUUUAUGCGCGUAGAAAAUGUAAAAGGUGCAGUUUGGACUGUCGAUGAAAUUGAAUUUUACAAGAGAAGACCUCAGCGCACAGCUGCCAUUGCAAAUAAUUUAUCUGGUGUCAAAAAUUCGACGGAUAAUAAUUUUUUCAUAGCGUUAAAUUUUGGGUAGGUGGAAAAGUAAUUACAUACAUGCUUUUAUUCCCAUUCCUAAUAUAUCUGAUUUUUCAUUUGUUUUAAUUACAUUGUUAAAAGUGUUAAAAGUACAAAGUUAGUAUUUUGACAGUGAAGUGACAGUGUAUUUUGGUACCGCGCUUAAGAUGGUACCGCUAGAUGUAUUUUGGUACCGCGAACAUACAACAGAAUAAUUUGCCUCUCGCGUGCAUUCUGCUUGUAUCUUUUAUCUAAGUUUCAAAACUCCAAUUACGUGUAUAUGUAUUAGUGUGUGUAGUGGAAUUUAAUGGGUAAGUGUUUCACAAAUACAAAAACAACAGUCAACAAACCGGCAAAUGAUGACAACAUUAAUAACGAAGAUGGAAGAAAAAUAAGCAGUCUUAUGCCUCUUUAUUAAAACUGAAGUUUCAAAAAGACUUACUAUUAUAACUAUUGUACUAUCUGGCGUUAUUGAUUUAAAUAAAAAAGCUGUUCAUAAAUUAAUUAAUUAAUGUUAAAUGUGGCGAUCUGAAAAUAAAUGUUAGCAGUCUUUAUACGUUCUUACUUUUAAUUGGUAUGCGAACAAAGCUUUAUUAAAGACAUUGAUACAUAUUUUGUCUGUCCGCCUAUAGUCUAUAAUCGUAUGCCAUAUUCCGUCUUUGUCUGUAGUCAGGUCCAUUAUAGCAUAUUGCAGAACAAUUUCACAGCAUUCAAACACAAUAUUUUAUUGACACGGUAUACAUGAGAUUCCAAAUGAACAGUAUAAAUUUAUGAUUUACAUUUUAAAAAGUUUGAAGUCAAGUAUUGGAAUACCUAGCAUGUUAUUGGAACUAUUAAAAAGUAAUAACGUUAAAUAUAUGUAGAUACAUAGGUACAUACAUGGAAAAUUCACCAGUAUUUAAAAAUAAAAAAGAGUGUUAAGUAAAAUAUAUUUCUAGAUUGCCAUGAACGAACAUUUGGUCAAAAUAUGCAUACAAGUUAAUUAUGUUACACAAAUAACUAAUCACUAUACUAAAAACAGCUACUGCAUUAUUAACUACAUUUGUCUUUUUCUCUUACAAUUUUAUCCGUUUUUUUUUUUCUUAAUUUAUCCUUUGACUUAUACCUCUUAAACUAAUACCAAUGUAGAAUGCUAUUCGAACAAAUUUAUCCUUACACAAAUGUUUUGUUCGAUAUGAAGAUGAUUUCGGCUCAUUUUGGAUGGUUGAUGACAAUGAA